AUGUCUUGUCUUGAUGAAUUUGAUGAGGAUUGGGACUCUAAUGAUCCAUCCAAAUGGCACGAACGAUUUCCAUCUGCUAAAGGCUAUUUUCAGUCGCCUAUUAAUAUCAAAUUAAGUCAAACUGUUAUGCAAAAUUAUACACCAUUUAUAUUUUCUUCCAAGUCUAAGAAUCGACAUUUAUUUACAUUGAAAAACCUUGGUCAUAAGCUUACUGUUACAUUGGCUGAAAAAAAUCAUAGUAAAGAAGCAGCAUCUCUAUGGGUUACAGGUGGUGGGCUAACUGGUACGUUUCAUUUUGUCAAUUUUCAUUUACACUGGGGUAAGAAUGAGAGACAUGGUUCCGAACAUGAAAUUAAUGGAUAUCGUUUUCCAGCUGAAGCACAUUUCAUUUAUAAGAAUUUAGAAAAUCAAGAAAUGGCAAUAUUUGCAUUCAUUUUGGAUGUAUCUGGUCGAUUUGAUGAUGAAAAUACAGAAUGGAAAAAGUAUACUGACGCAACAAGUCUUUUGAAAAAUAAUGGUGACACAUAUGAAUGUACAUUCAAUUUAAGUAAUCUUAUGCAAAUUGAAAAUAAAAAAUUUGUUCGUUACAUUGGCAGUUUAACAACACCUCCCUGUACCGAAGGUGUCAUAUGGACAAUAUUUUUGAAUGUAAUACCAAUUACAGAACACAGUUUGAAUUUACUUCGUAAUAAUGUUAUGCGAGAAUCUUGUAGACCAAUACAACCAGUCAAUAAUCGAAUUAUUUAUCGAAAUUUUGACAAGUUAAACAUGCUUUAA